CCACAGAACAAACCGACACACAACCGGAGCGGAAAAUGUGAACGGGAGAUUCGGGAUUGGGAAUAACGACAGAAAACCGUCCCAAGAGUGUUUCUCUGUGGAUGAGAUGCGAUAUCUGAGAGGACGGGCGCGCUGGAGGGUGUUUCAUCAGUCUGUUAGAGCUACGUUAUGACAAACACUGUGAUCUCAGAGAUAUGGAUGGAUUUGAUGGAGACUUCGCUGUGUAGGGUCUGAGGAUUAAACCCCAUCACCUUCAGGGUCCAGUUCUGCAGUCCACUGGUCCUCUGUUCAUCAAAGGGAGGAAGGGUCACUCAAACUCAUCGAGAUGAUGAACGGGUGUCUACGCAGAUGCCCUCUCAGGGUUUGAGCAUGCCCAUUAAAAUCUGAACACCGCUCUUGACCCGCAGGACACAGAUCAUGGCCCAGACGAGUCUGCUGCAGGGCAAACGCUUCUACUGCCGAGACUGGGUCUUCCACAAGAUCCAGCACUGCCUUCAGGAGAAAACCAGCAACCUCAGCGCUCCGGGAACCGCAGAGCCGCUCAACCCCGUCGGCGGGGCGGGGAAGGGCGGCUCGUGGGGCGUCCUGCUGGUCGGCGGUCCCGGCAGCGGGAAGACGGCUCUGUGUACAGAGUUACUGUGGCCCAGUUCGGUUCACGGCGUCCACCGAGGCCUGCACCAGCACUGCUUGGGCUUCCACUUCUGCCGGGCCGAGGACUCGGACACGCUAUGCGUGAGCGGCUUCGUCUGCGGGCUGGUGUCUCAGAUUCUCCAGUCAGGACUCGUACCGGAAUACGAGGAGAAAGUGAGAGAGCUGGAGGUCCAUAGCGCACUACAGUCGGGAGAGUGCGAGAGAAACCCAGCUGAGACGUUCAAGAGGUGUGUGUUGCUGCCGCUGCUGGGCUGUAAGACUCCGUCUCAGGCUCUGUUUGUGCUACUGGACUCAGUGGACGAGGGCUGUUUGACCGGAGACAGAGAUCAGAGGUCAGCAAACAUCGCCGAGCUGCUGGCUGCCCAUCACGAGCUCUUCCCGCCCUGGCUGCUGCUCAUCUGCUCGACACGCCGGCAGAACAAACACAUCACCAAACUCUUCACAGGAUUCCGUAAGAUCAGCCUAGAUGACCUACGGAAGGCCUACAUUGUUAAAGAUGUGCAGCAGUACAUCCUCCACCGCCUAGACCAGGAGGAAGCCCUGCGACAACACCUUACCAAGGAGACAGCAGAGAUGCUGAACCAGCUUCACAUCAAGAGCAGCGGCUGCUUCCUGUACCUUGAGCGUGUUCUUGAUGGAGUGGUUGAGAACUUCAUCAUGCUGCGGGAAAUCCGAGACAUCCCAGGAACACUGAAUGGACUCUACCUUUGGCUCUGCCAGAGACUGUUUGUCAGAAAGCAGUUCGCCAAAGUCCAGCCCAUCCUUAAUGUGAUUCUGGCUGCCUGCAGGCCGCUGACUGUCAGGGAGCUCUAUCAUGCAGUCUGGACUAAAAACAUGACUUUGACGAUGGAGGAUUUUCAGAAGAAGAUGGACAUUCUCUCUAAGUUGCUUAUUGAUGGACUUGGCAGUACUAAGAUCUUAUUUCACUACAGCUUUGCUGAAUGGCUCCUGGAUGUUAAACACUGCACACAAAAAUACCUUUGCAAUGCAGCAGAAGGACAUAGAAUGAUGGCCAUGAGUUACACGUGCAGCGCAAAGCAGCUUAAGCCUCUGGAGGUGCAGGAGUUUGCCUACCACCUGAUCAACUCGAACCUGCAGAUUGAGCCCUUUAAUCUUGCCCUUUGGAUGGUGUGGAAUGGCACCCCUGCUAAAGACUCCCUGUCCACUUCAAUCCCAAAAGAACAGGAGGUACUCCAACUACUGGUCAAAGCUGGGGCUCACGUCAGCAACGAAAAUGACCACGCUUCAUGCAUUUUGCAACAGGCCUUGGAACGCGAGGACUCAAUUCGAACUAUACUAGAUAACGGUGCUUCUGUUAAUCAAACUGACUCCAACGGGAGAACUCUUUUAGCCAAUGCUGCAUACAGCGGGAAUCUGGAUGUCGUGAACCUUCUUAUCUCCAGGAGAGCCAACAUGGAGUUGGAGGACAGCCUUGGACAGACAGCACUUACUCUGGCAGCUAGACAGGGCCACACCAAGGUGGUCAACUGUCUCAUCGGGUGUGACGCUAACAUCAAUCACACAGACCAUGAUGGCUGGACUGCCCUUAGGUCUGCAGCCUGGGGAGGUCACUCGGAAGUUGUGUCUGCACUCCUAUAUGCAGGUGCUAAAGUGGACUGUGCAGAUGCUGACAGUAGGACUGCCCUGAGAGCUGCCGCUUGGGGAGGUCAUGAAGAUAUCGUCCUCAACCUCCUUCAGCAUGGAGCCGAAGUCAACAAGGCAGAUAAUGAAGGACGAACGGCGCUGAUCGCUGCAGCGUACAUGGGUCACAGAGAAAUUGUAGAGCAUCUGUUGGAUCAUGGGGCUGAUGUCAACCAUGAGGAUGUGGAUGGCAGGACGGCACUCUCCGUCGCUGCUCUUUGUGUGCCAGCCAGCAAAGGUCACGGUGCUGUUGUGAGCUUGCUGAUUGACCGUGGAGCCGAGGUAGACCACUGCGACAAAGACUGCAUGACCCCGCUUCUGGUGGCUGCCUACGAAGGCCAUGUGGAUGUGGUUGAUCUGCUUCUAGAAGGAGGAGCAGAUGUUGAUCACACUGAUAACAAUGGAAGAACGCCUCUGCUUGCUGCAGCGUCUAUGGGACACGCUUCAGUUGUCAACACUCUGCUUUUCUGGGGUGCAGGAGUGGACAGUAUCGACAGUGAAGGCAGGACUGUGCUGAGCAUUGCAUCCGCACAGGGGAACGUGGAGGUUGUCCGAACUCUGCUGGACAGAGGACUAGAUGAAAACCACAGAGAUGACGCGGGCUGGACGCCAUUGCACAUGGCCACUUUUGAGGGACACAGACAAGUUUGUGAUGCUCUCAUUGAACAAGGUUCCCGCUGCACAGAGGUUGACAACGAUGGACGUAUCCCUUUGAUUCUGUCUGCUCAAGAGGGUCAUUAUGACUGUGUGCACAUCUUACUGGAGAACAAGUCGUGUAUUGACCAGAGAGGGUACGAUGGGAGAAAUGCUCUCCGAGUUGCAGCGCUAGAGGGACAUCGAGACAUCGUGGAGUUGUUGCUGAGCCAUGGGGCGGAUAUUGACUUCAAGGAUGCAGACGGUCGCCCAACUCUUUACAUCCUGGCACUUGAGAAUCAGCUGGCCAUGGCGGAGUACUUCCUCGAAAACGGAGCCAAUGUUGAAGCCAGUGAUUUGGAAGGAAGAACGGCCUUGCAUGUGUCGUGUUGGCAAGGCCAUGUAGAGAUGGUCAGAUUACUGAUCAACUACCAUGCGGAUGUGAACUCAUGUGAUAACGAGAAACGAUCCGCUCUCCAGUCAGCAGCUUGGCAGGGUCACAUAAAGAUUGUUCAAAUCUUGAUUGAAAAUGGCACCGUUGUAGACCACACAUGCAAUCAAGGUGCUACAGCUCUGGGCAUCGCCGCUCAAGAGGGGCACAUUGAUGUGGUUCAGACUCUUCUAGAGCAUGGUGCAGAUCCAAAUCACGCUGAUCAGUUUGGACGCACUGCCAUGAGAGUGGCAGCCAAAGGUGGUCACACAUCCAUAAUAAAACUCUUGGAAAAAUAUGGCGCCACAAGUCUCAGUGGCUGCAACCCGUCUCCCGUGCACACCAUGGAGCAGCAAACGCCCGCUUCGCUUGCUGGGAAAGUACAGUCACUCACUAUAAAGUCCAGCAGCUCUGGAAGCACAGGAGCUGGCGACGUGCAUUCUGCAGGGCGAGGACAAUCCAAUGGACCUAUUCAUGCUUUCAGCUCACCAUCUGAGUCUCCAGACUCAACCGUGGGCCGACAGAAGUCCUCCCUCUCUAAUAACUCUCUCAAAAGUUCUAAGAACUCUUCACUGAGGACCACUUCAUCCACUGCGACUGCCCAGACUGUCCCCAUCGACAGUGUCCAUGCCCUUUCUUUUAUUGAACAGAUCCAGCAGCAUUCACUGCCUCGCAGUCGCAGUCGUCAAUCAAUCGUUUCUCCCUCCUCCACCACCAGGUCCAUCGGCACUCAGCCUGGCUCUCCAACCAGCGAGUAUGAUUGGAGCCAGGUGAAGCCAGGCCUGAAGUCCACCAAAGUGUCCAAGAAUGGCCAAAACUGCUCAAACAAAGGAACAUCUGGUGAGAAGAAGAAAAGCAAGAGUGGCUCUUAUUCACAGAGACAGGUUCUUGAGUACGAACUUACCCAAUUUGAUAAAAGGCUUGUGAUCAAUAAGCCGGUGUCCAACAUUGCAGUUAAAGAUCCUCAGUGUAAGAUCAUGGUGGGAAGAUCCAGCGCUCUGGAUUCUGUCCAAUCGCAGGAGAAGUUUUACAUUGAGCCCCAGAGCUGUGCAGAGAAGAAGAGGAACGGCAUUAUGACCAACCCCAACUACCACCUACAGGGAAACCAGGUUUUUCUUGGGAGAGUUUCAGUCCCCAGAACUGUUCCCAGCAGGGGCCACCAGGACCUUCUGGACAAUUACCCAAUAGGAGAGACUGAAUUAAGCUUCAAACAAGCCCUACAGCUCCAAAUUGAAGGAUCAGACUCUGGGUUAAACUGCAAAAAAGAGACGCCAUUAUAACUGAUGUCUUAAUCCUAAUUCGUCAUUCAGAAAGAGACUGUGCCAAAGUGAACGCUUUCAUCCGCAAAAUAACUGAAACCAUUUUCCACACUUCUCUGUGGAACAUCUCAAGAAGAAAGGAACGUGAGAGAACCGAAGAGGGAUUAUUGCCCAGUGGUGAUGCAAAUUAAUACUUGUGCCUGUCGAUGCUCCAGCCUUCUUGUGGUGACCAUGAUGCACACAGACGCUUUUAAUUUAAUGCAUUAAUAUUUAAUAGGCAGUGG